AUGUCCAAGACACACGCGGGCAGCCCUUUGCGGUCAGUCCUACUGGCGGCAAUAAAGGUUUCAGAGGCUCCGGCUGCUCCAGAAGGGUGAGGGGGCGGCAGGUGAAGAGGGGGCUUGCGAGGAAAGAAGGAAAGACAACGAGCAAAUCUGGGGAGGGGUUUCCAGCCCACUCAGGUCUCCUGAAGAAUUCUUCUUCCAAUGGAGUGUGUGGGUCGUGACAAUCCAUCCUAGACUCUCUUCCCCUGCAAAAUAGAAACUUAUUGUGGAUCCAGGCACAUGUGAAGAGGUGGGCACGCAAUUCACCGAAGAGGAAAGUGUCCUGCUUGAUCCAGGACAGACAGCUCUUCACAAGGAGGUCACAGUAGAGUUUGAUGCAAUGAUAAACUCUUUUGGUAAGGAUCCCAAUUAGAUCACUAGAAUGGUAUUGAUGGGCUUAUCCUGGAUAUAAGAACAUAAGAAGAGUCCUGCUGGAUGAAGCCAAAGGUACAUGAUUCUGUUCUCACAGUGGGCAACCAGAUACCAAAGGGAGGCUCACAAGAAGGACACUUAAGGGGGGUACUCAUCACCUAAAAACAACAAGAAUGUCUUCUGACUGCAGUAAAAUCUGGCAAAAAGCCCCAAAUACAUAUUGGAGAAGACAUACAGGAAAGAAACCAUAUAAAUGCUUAGAGUGUGGAAACAGUUUCACUCAGCUUUGUCUCCUUAGUUCUCAUCAAAGAAUUCAUACAGGGGAGAAACCUUUUAAAUGUUUGGAGUGUGGAAAGAGCUGCAGUUGGAGUACCUCUCUUACUUUACAUCAAAGGACUCAUACAGGGGAGAAACUUUAUGAAUGUAUGGAGUGUGGAAAGUGCUUUAGUCGGAAUGGCGAUUUUCAGGUACAUCAAAGAACUCAUACAGGGGAGAAACCUUAUCAAUGCUUGGAAUGCGGAAAGAGCUUCAGUCAAAGUGGCAACCUUACUCUGCAUCAAAGAACUCAUACAGGGGUCAAACCUUAUAAAUGCAUGGAAUGCGGAAAGAGCUUCAGUCAAAGUGGCAACCUUACUCUGCAUCAAAGAACUCAUACAGGGGUCAAACCUUGUAAAUGCUUGGAGUGUGGAAAGAGCUUCAGUGAAAGUGGCGCCCUUACUAAGCAUCAGAGAACUCAUACAGGGAACAAACCUUAUAAAUGCUUGGAGUGUGGAAAGAGCUUCAGUCAGAGUAGCCACCUUUCUACACAUCAAAGAACUCAUAUAGGGGCUAAACCUUAUCAAUGCUUGGAAUGCGGAAAGAGCUUCAGUCAAAAUGGCAACCUUACUCUGCAUCAAAGAACUCAUACAGGGGACAAACCUUAUAAAUGCCUGGAGUAUGGAAAGAGCUUCAGCCACAGUAGCCAACUUUCUACACAUCAAAGAACUCAUACAGGGAACAAACCUUAUAAAUGCUUGGAGUGUGGAAAGAGCUUCAGGCACAGUAGCCACCUUUCUGCACAUCAAAGAACUCAUACAGGGAACAAACCUUAUAAAUGCAUGGAAUGUGGAAAGAGCUUCAGUCAAAGUGGCCACCUUACUCUGCAUCAAAGAACUCAUACAGGGGUCAAACCUUAUAAAUGCAUGGAAUGCGAAAAGAGCUUCAGUCAAAGUGGCAACCUUACUCUGCAUCAAAGAACUCAUACAGGGAACAAACCUUAUAAAUGCUUGGAGUGUGGAAAGAGCUUCAGUCAGAGUAGCCACCUUUCUACACAUCAAAGAACUCAUACAGGGGACAAACCUUAUAAAUGCUUGGAGUGUGGAAAGAGCUUCAGUCGUAAUGACCGCCUUACUUCACAUCAAAGAACUCAUACAGGGGACAAACCUUAUCAAUGCUUGGAAUGCGGAAAGAGCUUCAGUCAAAGUGGCAACCUUACUCUGCAUCAAAGAACUCAUACAGGGGUCAAACCUUAUAAAUGCAUGGAAUGCGGAAAGAGCUUCAGUCAAAGUGGCAAUCUUACUUUGGAUCAAAGAACUCAUGCAGGGGACAAACCUUAUAAAUGCUUGGAGUGUGGAAAGAGCUUCUGUCAGAAUAGCUACCUUAUUAAACAUCAAAGAACUCAUACAGGGGACAAACCUUAUAAAUGCGUAAAGUGUGGAAAGAGCUUCAGUCGUAAUGACCGCCUUACUUCACAUCAAAGAACUCAUACAGGGGACAAACCUUAUCAAUGCUUGGAAUGCGGAAAGAGCUUCAGUCAAAGUGGUAACCUUACUCUGCAUCAAAGAACUCAUACAGGGGACAAACCUUAUAAAUGCCUGGAGUGUGGAAAGAGCUUCAGCCACAGUAGCCACCUUUCUACACAUCAAAGAACUCAUACAGGGAACAAACCUUAUAAAUGCUUGGAGUGUGGAAAGAGCUUCAGGCACAGUAGCCACCUUUCUGCACAUCAAAGAACUCAUACAGGGGUCAAACCUUAUAAAUGCAUGGAAUGCGGAAAGAGCUUCAGUCAAAGUGGCGCCCUUACUAAGCAUCAGAGAACUCAUACAGGGAACAAACCUUAUAAAUGCUUGGAGUGUGGAAAGAGCUUCAGUCAGAGUAGCCACCUUUCUACACAUCAAAGAACUCAUACAGGGGACAAACCUUAUAAAUGCUUGGAGUGUGGAAAGAGCUUCAGUCGUAAUGACCGCCUUACUUCACAUCAAAGAACUCAUACAGGGGACAAACCUUAUCAAUGCUUGGAAUGCGGAAAGAGCUUCAGUCAAAGUGGCAACCUUACUCUGCAUCAAAGAACUCAUACAGGGGUCAAACCUUAUAAAUGCAUGGAAUGCGGAAAGAGCUUCAGUCAAAGUGGCCACCUUACUCUGCAUCAAAGAACUCAUACAGGGGUCAAACCUUAUAAAUGCAUGGAAUGCGGAAAGAGCUUCAGUCAAAGUGGCAACCUUACUCUGCAUCAAAGAACUCAUACAGGGGUCAAACUUUGUAAAUGCUUGGAGUGUGGAAAGAGCUUCAGUGAAAGUGGCACCCUUACUAAGCAUCAGAGAACUCAUACAGGGAACAAACCUUACAAAUGCUUGGAGUGUGGAAAGAGCUUCAGUCAGAGUAGCCACCUUUCUACACAUCAAAGAACUCAUAUAGGGGCUAAACCUUAUAAAUGCUUGGAAUGCGGAAAGAGCUUCAGUCACAGUGGCAACCUUACUCUGCAUCAAAGAACUCAUACAGGGGACAAACCUUAUAAACGCUUGGAGUGUGGAAAGAGCUUCAGUCGUAAUGACCGCCUUCACAUCAAAGAACUCAUACAGGGGACAAACCUUAUCAAUGAUGGCUUGUGGAAAGAGCUUUAGUGUCAGCGGGCACAUUACUAAUCAUCAAAGAACCCAUACAGGGGCCAAACCUUAUAAAUGCAUUGAGUGUGGAAAGAGCUUCACUUGGAGUAUCUCCCUUACUUUGCAUCAAAGAACUAAUACAGGGGACAAACCUUGUAAAUGUGUGGAAAGAGCUUUAUUCACAGUGGCCAUCUUACUAUGCAUCUAAGAACUUGUCAGCUCUUCACUGAGACAGCAGUGUCGGUGGGGGUGCAGGCAGGGCUGGAGAUUCCUUGGUAAUUGCCAGGCCGUAAGUCCUCAGCCGGUAGCUUGACUAUAAAUCUGCCAGGCUAGCAAGGAGGAAGCAAGAUAAGGGCAGAGGCCAUUCAAAGCUUACGUGCCAAGCCAGAAAUCCAGAAGAGACGUCAGUGAAGGUCCAGGUCUAGGUUGCCGAGAGAUCAGUCCAAGUCAAGGUUCAGGGGAUAGGAAGACACACAAUGGUCACGCCUGACGUUGUAGUCACCAACAAGCUGAAGCCAAGGUUUGACUUUUAAGGAGCAGGUUUGUCAGCAGGUGUGAGCCAUCAGCGUUUUGGCCUUAAGUGGACAGGCCUGCCCCUCUUCUGCCUGACCUCCUGUUGUCUACGUUCUGCCGGUGAGGGGGGAGUAUCCUGUUCACUGUCUGCGUCUGGCUGAAGGGCUUCAGCUGUGUCUGGGGUGCUCUGCAGCUGAGGGGGAGAAGGAGCUGGGUUCUCAGGAGUUUCCUCCAUUUCUCCUUCUGGGUCUGCUGCUUCUGGGUCUGCUGCUGUUACUCCCGAGUCAUCCUCGUCUGAUGAGUCCUCUGACGGGGCCAUGACAGACCUCAUACAGGGAUCAAACCUUAUAGAUGUGUGGAGUGUUGAAAGAGCUUCAGUUGGAGUAAUUCCCUUACUGUACAUCAGAGAAUUCAUACAGGGGACAAACCUAAUUAAUGCAUGGAGUGUGGAAAGAGCUUCAGACACAGUAGUCACCUUUCCUCACACCAAACAACUCAUACAGUGGCCAAACUUUAUAACUGAUUACAGUAUGGAAAGACCUUCAAUCAAAAGUAGCCACCUUUCCUCACAGCAAAGAACUCAUACAGGAACCAGACCUUAUAAAUACUUGGAGUGUGGGAACAGCUUCAGUGAGAGUCACAUGCUUAUUAAACAUCAAAGAAUUCAUAUGAGGGACAAACGUUAUAAAUGCCUGGAGUUUGGAAGCAUCUUUAGUCAAUGUUGUGCCCCAGACGGAGGUAGAGCUAGCUCAGGGAGAGGAGUCAGAUGAGGACGAGGUUCCUUGAGGAGCUGGAGGUAGGGAGAUGAGCAGGGAGGGUUCUGGCAGACCUCAAACCCCCAUUCCCAGCACUGCCACAGAGGCAGUUCCUGCCCCUCCUGCAAGUAAGAGACUUAAGCGUCUUCUGGACAAAGCCUCCAGGUCCACACCAUGAUCGAUUCUCGGGCUUCCUUGAGUUUUAUGGACUGGGGUCUUGCUAGGGAGCAUGCAGUGCCAAUUCGGACACUAGAGAAGCCCUUGUCUGUCAAAACUAUUGAUGGGUGGUCCUUAAAGUCCGGAACUCUUACUCAGGCUACAGAGAUGCUGAGAAUGGACAUUCCGGGACACAUGAAAAGCCUGUCAUUCUACAUUGCCACCCUGCCCUGCUUUCCAGUGGUGUUGGGAAUGCCCUGGCUAGUUCAGCACAACCCCACCAUUUUCUGGGAUGAAGCGGUGCUAGUAUUUACCUUGGACUAUUGUCAUCAGUGUGAGCCAGUGUGGUGUAGUGGUUAGUGUGUUGGACUAUGACCUGGGAGGCCAGGGUUCGAAUCCGCACACAGCCAUGAAGCUCACUGGGUGAUCUUGGGCCAGUCACUGCCUUUCGGCCCCAGAGGAGGGCAAGGGUAAACCACUUCUGAAUACCGCUUACCAUGAAAACCCUAUUCGUAGGGUCACCAUAAGUCGGGAUUGACUUGAAGGCAAUCCAUUUCCAUUUCGUCAUCAGCACUGCCAAACGCAGAAGGAAAUUUCCCCUGCCUGUGGGUUGGAACUGUGCUGCAGGAGGGAGCCAUUUUGUCUGGAAAAUAUGAGGAGUACAAGGACGUAUUUGACAAAAAUGAAACUGACCAGUUGUCCCACCACCACCCCUGACUGUGCCAUAGAUCUGAUGCUGGGGGUGCACAUCCCUUUGGGACUGAUCUAUUCCUUGUCUGAACCGGUGUUGGCGGCACUAAGAGAAUUUCUGGAGACCAAUUUAAAAAAGGAUUUCAUUUGACCAUCUCAGUCACCUGCAGGGGCGCCUUUGGUGUUUGUUAAGAAAAAGAGCGUGGAGCUACAUCCGUGUAAUGAUUACCAAGAGUUGAACAAGAUCACAAUCCCCAACAGCUACUCCUUGCCACUCAUCACCAAGAUGCUGGAGUGGCUGCGCUCAGCCAAGAUCUAUACCAAGUUGGAUUUGAAGGGAGCUGACAAUCUUGUGUGAAUCACGGAGGGGGAUGAGUGGAAGACUGCGUUCAAGACUCGAUAUUGACAGUUUGAGUACUUAGUCAUGCCCUUUGGGCUAUGGAAUAGCUCUGGGGUCUUCCAGAGUUUUAUGAAUGAUAUCUUUAGACUAUCUAGAUUGCUUCAUGAUCAUGUAUUUUGAUGAUAUCCUCAUAUCCUCAGACUCCCCAGCCCAGCAUGAGGGGCAUAUGCGGGUGGUGCUGCAGCACCUCAGAGAACAUCACCUCUAUGAUAAGCUGGAGAAGUGCAGUUUUGAUCUAACCAUGUUGGACUUUUGGGGGUAUCCCAUUUCUCCCACAGGAGUCAAAAUGGACCCAGGUAAGGUCCACUGUAUUCUCACGUGGCAACCUCCCAAAACAAAGAAGGAUCUCCAGUGGUUCCUGGGGUUCACUAACUACCAGAGGCGCAGAAUAAGUGGGCAAAUAUGCUGUCCCGCAAGCCAGAGUAUCUGGAGAAUCAGACUCAGAGACCGCAGCAACUCAUUAUACCCCUUGAGAAGAUGGUGGCAGCUGCGUGCCAGGACUCCUGGUUCAAGGAAUUGUGUUUGACGCACAAACUAGAUCCUUUUGCUAAAGGAGUUGGAGAGGCAGCCUCCUGGAAGCGCAGCUGACUUUGCCCUGCGAGAGGGGUGCUGUAUCAUUAUGCAGCUGUGUAUGUGCCCCUGGAAGACUUGAGAGCCAAGGUCCUACGUCAGUGUCAUGACUCCCCUACCGCUGGACAUUUUGGACUUUUUAAAACCUUGCAAGCAAUUAUGAGGGAAAUUUGGUGACCAAGGAUAAAACAUGAUGUGAAGCGUUACAUCCAGUCUUGCCCCACCUGUGGCAGAGCCAAACAUGCUAUGGGGUGGCCAGCAAAACUUUUACAGCCACUCCCCACACCCAAGAGACCCUGGCAAAUGGUAACCAUGGAUUUCAUCACUGACCUCCCUUUCUCCCAGGGGAAAAUGACAGUUUUGGUUGUCGUGGAUGCUUUACUAAAAUGGCUCAUUUCAUUCCAUGCUCAGGGCUCCAAAACGCACAGGAGAUGGCUCAACUAUAUGUUCAGAAUGUUUACCAUCUACAUGGACUUCCUGACAGUUUGGUUUUGGAUCGGGGCCUGCAAUUUACAGCCCGAUUCUGGCGUGCUAUGUGGCAACUCCUGCAGAGUGAGCUGAGACUGUCAUCGUCUCACCAUCUGCAAACGGACAGACUGAGUUAAUACCACGUUGGAGCAGUAUCUUCAUUGUUAUGUCAGUUACCAGCAAGACAACUGGAUGUCCUUCCUGCCCUUAGUGGAAUUCGCUUACAACAGUGUGGUGCAGGCUACUACCCAGCAGAUACCUUUCGUUGCUAACCUGAGGUAUCACCCUCGAGCCUUUGCCACCCCUAAUGCCAGGCCAGUCAUCCCAGUGGCUCAGGACUUUCUACAGGAGCUUCAGGCUAUGCAGCAGUUGCUGAAGGAACAAUUGGAUAGAGCUAAGACAGACUACAAAAGAGUAGCUGAUCAACAACGACAGGAGGAACCCAAAAUUCAUGUAGGAGACAAGGUGUGGCUAUCCACUCACUAUUUGCCGAUUCUGGCACAAAGCCAUAAAUUGGAAGCCAGAAGAUUGGGACCCUUCGAAGUCAAAGCCCAGAUCAAUCAAGUGGCCUUUCAAUUGUGAUUGCCUCCCUCCCUCAAGAUUCACCUGGUGUUUCAUCGCUCUUUGGAGCACCCCCCUCGACCCCCAAAGGAUACAAGAGGUGCUGUCGCCACCUAUAAUUGUAAAUGGGCAAGAGGUGGAGCAGAUUUUGGACUUGUCAAAGUGCCAUGGGCGACUGCAAUACUUGAUCCAUUGGAAGGGGUAUGAUCAGGCUGAGUGUUCCUGGGAGCCAGCUACUGACAUCCAUGUGCCGGAUCUGGUGAGAGAGUUCCAUGAAGCCUACCCAGAAAAGCCCAAGCCCAUGGGGUGGGGGAAAAUGGAGCAUGGAAGGGGGAUGAUGUUGUGCCCCAGACAGAGGCAGAGCUAGAUCAGGGAGGGGAGUCAGAUGAGGAUGAGGUUCCUUGGGGAGCUGGAGGAAGGAAGACAGGUGGGGAGGGUUCUAGCAGUCCUCAAACCCCCAUUCUCAGCGCUGCCACAGAGGCAGUUCCUGCCCCUCCUGCGAGUCAAUUGGGAAGUGACUCUCUGAUCGUGCCAUGAGAUAAAACUUUGAUUUUAAUACUGAUUUUUACAUUAACCCAGUGUAUUUAAUUUCACUUUUAAUAAGUAGAAUACAACUUUGUAAAAGUGUUUUUAUGGUAAAAAGGGGUUCUGAGGUAGUUUGCCUUUUCUAUUCCUCUGAGGCUGGGAGAUAGGGGCUAAUUCAGAAUCACCCACUAUAUUCCCUAUCUGUGUGGUUCCCAGUCACAGUCCAGCAUUAUAAUCAUAACCCUUUCUCCAUAGCUAUGUACUUUUACAGUUAGGAAUUUCUAAGAAAUCUCAUAAGGUAUAAGAACCCCUAUAGCUGGAGCUCCCGUCGAAACCCUGGUUGAACUGUGGAAAACAGAAAUGACCUGGGCGGUUGACAUGAUUGCUCCUGAGCGCCAUCUCCUGUGUAGAGCUCGUACGGCUCCAUGGUAUACCCCAGAGCUGAGAGCGAUGAAACAAUAUCGGAGACGGCUUGAGUGCAGAUGGAGACGAACUCCUAGCGGAUGCAAUUAUACACUGGUAAGUGCCUAUGGUAAGCUGUAUUUAGGGGCAGUGAGGACAGCAAAAAAGCAAUAUUUUGCUGCCACUAUCAUAUCAUCACUCUGCCGCCCAGCGGAGCUCUUCAGAAUUGUCUGGGGGCUAUUACACUCUGGCCCCAGGGACAUGGUAGAACCAUCUGAGGCCCGCUGUAAUGAAUUUGCUAGGCACUUCCAGGAUAAAAUCUUUAGCAUCCGCCAGGACUUAGACUCCAGUGUUAUAGCAGGUGAAUCAAGCGAGGUAUCCAGAGCACAGCCUUGUCUCGAUUUCUUGGAUGAGUUUCAGUUGGUACAGCCUGAGGACGUCGACAAGGUGCUUGGACAGGUUCGUGCAACCACUUCUGUGCUGGAUCCUUGCCCUUCUUGGCUAAUAAAAGCUAGCAGGGACGGAACAGCUGGCUGGGCCAGGGAAGUGCUUAAUGCUUCUCUGUGAGAGGGGGUGGUCCCUGGCUAGAGGCAGUAGUGAGACCACUCCUGAAGGGACCCUCCUUGGACCCAGAAGAUCUUAGUAACUAUAGGCCAGUAGCAAAUGUUCCAUUCCUGGGCAAGGUCCUUGAACAAGUGGUUGCGGGCCAGCUCCAGACACUCUUGGAUGAGACCGAUUAUCUGGAUCCAUUUCAGUUGGGUUUCAGGCCUGGUUUUGGCACAGAAACAGCCUUGGUCGCCCUGUAUGAUGACCUUUGUUGGGAGAGAGACGGGGAGUGUGACUGUGUUGAUUCUCCUUGAUCUCUCAGCGGCUUUUGAUACCAUUGACCAUGGAAUCCUUCUGGGAAGACUGGCUGAGUUGGGAGUGGGUGGGACUGCGUGGCGGUGGUUCCGCUCCUACUUGGCAGGUCGGCUCCAGAAGGUGGUGCGUGGGGAACAUUGCUCGGCACCCUGGAUUCUCCAGUAUGGGGUUCCACAGGAGUCAGUUCUGUCCCCCAAGCUGUUCAACAUCUACAUGAAACCAUUGGGUUCGGUCAUCUGGAGCUUUGGAGUGCGUUGCCAUUAGUAAGCUGAUGACACACAGCUCUAUUUCUCCUUUUCAUCUUCAGGUGAGGCUGUCAAUGUGCUGAACCGGUGCCUGGAUGCAACAUUGGACUGGAUGAGGGCUAAUAAACUGAGGCUCAUUCCAGACAAGACUGAGAUGCUGCUAGUGGGUGGUUCUUUUGACCAGAUGGUGGAUGUCCAACCUGUCCUGGAUGGGGUUGCACUCCCCCUGAAUGAGCAGGUUUGUAGCUUGGAGGUUCUCCUAGAACCAUCUCUGUCACUUGAGGCUGAGGUAGCCUCGGUGGCACGGAGUGCCUUCUACUAACUUUGGUUGGUGGUCCAGCUAUGCCCCUAUCUGGACAGGGAUAACCUGGCUUCAGUUGUCCAUGCUCUGGUAACCUCCAAGUUAGAGUACUGCAAUGCACUCUACGUGGGACUGCCUUUGAAGACGAUUUGGAAACUGCGGCUUGUGCAAAAUGCAGCGGCCAGAUUGGUAACAGGGACCAGACGGUCCAAACAUAUAAAACCAAUUCCGGCCUGCUUGCAUUGGCUGCCUGUCUGCGUCCAAGCUUGAUUCAAGGUGCUGGUUUUAACCUAUAAAGCCUUACACUGCUUGGGACCACAAUACCUGAUGGAACGCCUCUCCCGAUAUGAACCCACCCGUACAUUACACUCAACAUCUAAGGUCCUCCGGGUGCCUACUCCAAGGGAAGCUCGGAGGGUGGCAACAAGGGAGAGGGCCUUUUCAGUGGUGGCCCCCAAACUAUGGAAUGAUCUACCUGACGAGGUGUGCCUGGCGACAUCACUGUUAUCUUUUCAGCGCCAGGUCAAGACUUUCCUCUUCUCCCAGGCAUUUUAGCAUGUGUUUUUAAAUUGUUUUAAAUUGUGUUUUAAAUCGUUUUAAAAGAUGUGUUUUAAAUUUGUAUAUUUGUUUUUAAUGUUUUUAGUUACUGUAAACCGCCCAGAGAGCUUUGGCUAUGGGGCAGUAUAUAAAUACAAUAAAUAAAUAAAUAAAAUAUAGCAGGUAAUAGAACUGUGAUGUUCAUGAACAUUCAGCCAUCCUAAAUUGAGGCAAACCCAACCUGGCAUUGUUAAGGAACAUGUUAGCCUGGCCGAUCAAGAACAAUGGAUGUACCGGGUUUGCUUGAAGGCACAUUCACAAUAGUAACUGAUCUCAACUGGCCCCAAAAACCACCAAUAAGGUGGGACAGCAGAACAAUGGUGAAAUUAAUGAGAUGGGCAGAAUAUUGGAAUAAGAAGUAGAAUUACUUUCUGAUUGGUUUGGAAUGAUUGCAGGGAGAAGGAGCUGUGAUGUUAUGUGGGCAGGAACUUGUGGGAUUGGUGAACUAAUGUCACAUGCUGUAACUGUAGUGUAUAAAAGAGCUUGCAGACAAUGUCUCAUUGCAGUCUCUCCUGGAUAUCUCAGGGGGACUGACCCUGCAUAUGCUUGUAAAGAAUAAAGGCCUACCUUUUCGUUUCAA